CAGUUGUUAUUUUCAAAUACUGACUACACUCAAACAGUACUCACUACUGAAAAAUAGUUACAGAAAGAACUACACUGGAACAUUUCUGUAAAAUAAAACACAUAGUAAAGCCCAGAUAUGCAGAAUGCAGCAGCAACCGAAGACGCCAUUUUUGCAGAAGAUUUCUCACGCAUUCGAGAGACACAAAUUGACAAUGUUAUUAGGCUCAUAAAGUCAUCAAUAGAGCGCAUCAAGAUGUCGCUGAUAUUGCCAAAGUUGGGCGAUGAUAUGGAUCACAUGAGAAACGUGUUGAAGUCGACAAUUUACUCACCGGCAAUAGCAUUAAUGGAGAAACUGCAGAGCUUGGAUACGGUCAAGGUGCAGAUAUUAAAUCAUGAAGUUAUCAGGAUCAUCGAUUACUUCCACACCAACUUUCAAAUCUACGAAUUAUUCCCUCGCCUAGUCAACUUGCUAUCAAAUGAGGAUAAGAAACUUAUUGUGGCUUGUGAGACAAUUCUGGCCGUAGCCCAGCGACAUCUAUGGCGUACAGCGAAGAGCGAGAUCAGCAUGGAACGUCAGUUGCAUGUUAUGUAUCAUGAACGCGAAGAGAUUCGAUCCCGAACAGCAUAUUAUCAGAAGAGACUGAAAUCAAGAAACGCCAUACUACGUUGGAAGCAGGCAGUGAAAUUCCUGAUACUUGAAAAAUUGGAAACGGACUUGGCCAACAGAAAAUGGAAGAAUAGUGUUCGCAUUCAGAACGAAAUCGAGCAGAGAAGUCGUAUUCUUCGCGAUGUUCACAAAAAUACAGUCCAGAAGCAAAAAGAUCUCGAAGAGGAGCUGGAGAAGGCCAAGCUUGAAUAUGAACAUCUUAUCACCAGCAUUACUCUUAACGAAAAAGAUGCCAGAGCCGAAAAAAACAAGUUGCUGAUCCAGUUGGAGGGUAUUUUGCAAAAGUUUGAUACCAAUAUUGGCGAGAAGAUUCGUGAGAAUCUCGAACUUGAGGAUCAGUACAAGGUGGCCAAGAAAGAAUUGGACAUUUUUAUGAUAUCCUAUCGCAAAGAGGAGGCUGUUUACAACAAAAUUGUGGUCCAAUAUGAACAAGAAGAGCAACGCAAGCAACAGCAACGAAUUCUUUUGUUCAUGAUGAAUCGCGCGGCUCGCCAGAUACAAAAAUAUUGGCUAAAAUGGCGUCGUGAUCAACGCCUCAAGGCGCGUCGUCAGAAUAGAAAGAAGAAGAAGUAAACGGAACUUAUUCGAUUUAAUAUGCAAUGACUUAAGUCUCUUGAUUCCCAAGCAAAACGUAAUAAAGAUUAGAUAUGCAUCUGUA